CUUCCCACACCGCAGCUGUUUGAGCGGGGCAUGGAACUGGGUUUAGAAAUGACAGCACACCAGUUAUACAGGGACAGGGACUGGUAAUGAAUGAACUUGUGCACAGUGUGACCCGCCUUGUGUCUGCAGCAGCUGGACUGAGGGGAUGACAUUCGCUGCCACCACCAGGAUGCUCCUCCAGUGGUGCCACAAAGAGGCCCUCUCCCACUCUGCCCUCCGCUCGGUGCUCUUCAUGUCAUUAAUGCUGCUGGUCCUGUCUGUGUCCCUGUUUCCUGGGUUGUGGUCCAUUGGCGUCCGGCUUCACUCAGCCCUUACAGGGAGCUACGUGCCAGGCCACCACUCGGUGCUGCUCCUCAACAGCCCCAACGAACAGGCAGCCAAAGACAUCGGCAGAGCGAUCAUGGAGAGGCGGCUGGCAGCCAGUGUUAACAUUCUCUACAGGACCUCCACAAUGUACUACUGGAAAGGCGAAAUCCAGGAUGCAAGUGAAAUUCUGAUGCUGGUGAAAACAAAGACCUCCCGGAUCCAGCAAGUCACAGAUUACGUGAGGUCUGUGCAUCCCUAUGCAAACCCAGAAGUCCUUAGCUUCCCGGUGGAGGACGGCAGCUUGGCUUACAUGAAGUGGAUGGAUGAGGCCAUUCCAGAUGACUGAUGCAUCACCAGAAUCAAAUCCGCUCUCAGCAGCAGCAAGAGGAGGAAAAUAGCGAUUUGUGUGCCCGCUGUUGUUUGAAGGCUUGCCGAUCACUGUGGUGCAGCACUCGACUGAAACAAAGUUCAAUACGUGACAUUUACAUUUUCUCGUCUUGCUGCUCGGAUCUUUUCACAGUAAAUUCCACAACAGACUGUGGAGAUGUCAGCCUUUAUACGAGGUUUAUACCACAGCCUCAGAAAAUACUUGUUUCUGAUUGACUGCCAGCUGUCAAUCAUAAGUGUAUAACACGACGGGGGGGGGAGCAGAUCCAGUGGACCACAGCAGAAACUGACACAACGUGGAUUAAAGCGACUGUUAACUAACUUUUGAAGGCGGAUGACAACUUGUAUCAUGCAUUCUUCCUCCACCUCUUGCAUUAUUGAUUUCGUAUGGAUACACUUCUCAUACAGGUAACACUCGGCUCUAACAGCAGCAAUACUUUAUGGAUUAUCACGAGACUUGGUGGAAAGAUGCGGUAUGGGUCAGGAGAGAACCCAUUGCCCUCGGUGUUGAUAUGGAUCAGGUGGCAGAUCCUCUUUUUUUUACAUUAUGAAAUUUGG